CCUGAAAAUGAAGUUCCUCCACAUAAUCCUCCCCCUAGUAGGCUAUGUCCUAGCCCAAACCUCCACCACGACUACCACCCUCUCAUCCUCAACCUCAUCCACCUCCUCCACCACAAUCCAAAUCUUCAACAUCCUCCCCACCUCACUAACCUCCCAAACGACCACCCCAACUCCCUCAACCACCCUCGCUACCUUCGAUGCGAGCAUCAUCUCCGCCUCAUCCUCCACCACCAUCCUCGCCGUAACCUGCAACGGCGCGUGUCCCAUCCCAUCCAUCUACACGAUCACCGCGGCGCCCUCCACCUACGUCGAGCACGGCACCUUCAUCGGCUCUGCAAACGGCCUUACAGUGACAACCUCCCAAAGCAACGCGUGCAAUAUCACCUCCUCGACGCAGGCCGCAUCGUGCUCUGUCACUAUCGGGUACUAUGGGACUGUGAGUGGGGGGCAGAACUCCUCGUCUGUGGUUUCUUCGGGCACGUCCUAUGGAUCCGGUGAGAUUUGGUAUAUGCCUGUUACUGUCACAGCGGGAGCGGAGAAGUUGGCUGCUGCAACGCAGACGGCUGGGGGUGGGGGUGGAGGGAGUGGGAGUGGGACAAUGGAGGAAUCGCAGCCAGAUGUCGCUGGCCCUCCCGGCGCACGCACCGCAUGUGGAAGCUGUGCGAUCCGUGGAAAGACUUGCAGGGUCAAAGAAGGAGAGACCGCCUGUACUAGAUGCUCGCGUCAUGGGCUCAAUGAAUGCGAUGCGUAUUUUGCAAUGGUGCAACGCCUUAAGGAUGAGAGAGAAUCCAAAGACAAACUUAUCGAUGAGGUCGCUGACCUGCGAGAAGAAUUCAACACAUUCUUGAGAAAUACGCCUGGCGCAGUGUCCCUGUCUGAUGCAGUUAUCCGUCUCAGAAAUCUUCGCAUCGAAUCAGGCCCCGGAGGUAGUACAGCGCCUGCGGAAAGUGAUCUCAUCUCAGAGGGUGUUGUCUCUCUAGAAGAGGCAGAAGGCCUGUUCAACAUGUUUACUACAUGUGUUAAUCCGCUUCUAUGGGAUGGGCUUCUCAUGCAACACGAGACUCUAGACUCUGCCCGCAGGUCAUCGGCGAUGCUCACGGCAGCCAUCCUUUCUGUCGCUGCAUUACUUGCUCCGGACCAAGCCGAAGUAUACGAGAAAUGCCACGAAGUCUUCGUCUCUCUCUCCCUCAUGCGGAGGUUGAUGGAUCCUCACCAUAAUAGCUUGGACGAUGUUCGCGCUUUGUGCAUUGGUGCAUUCUACUUCAAGUAUAUGGGAGAGCACCUUUCUAGCGAGGCCAUUCACAUUUCAAGCGAGCUCAGCCUAGAUGAAGCCUUCUAUCGGUACAUGCGGGGCGAGGUAGCCGAUAUGGAACAGGUUCGGCUGUGGUGUCUCACCUAUAUAUGCGGCCAAUACUUCACCACUGGGCGUGGUUGUCCUCCAAAGGACGUCGGAUUUAAAGCGAUCUGGGAUAUGACGCGGAUUCCCAUUCCAGAGGUUGCCAGUGACGAAGACCGAAGGCUAAUCGCCCUCGCUUUAUACUUCGAUACUCUGGCAAAUGCUCAUGCGACCUUUUAUACAGAUUGCAGAUAUCCACUGAAAAAAGACGAUAUGGUGACAAUACGCGCGUUAGAAGACGCUGUUAGGCGAUGCCUGCAGGAGUAUCCGACUGGAACAUUCCAUACCGACCACCCUCACUCUUCUUUCCCGCAGGAUUUGAAGAACGUGUUUCACGCCUUUGCUCAGUUUCAGCUCUAUUCUCUGGCAUUUCGUGGUAUCUUUCCUUAUGAUAAUAGUCCGACGAAUUUCGAAGCGUGGACAUUCGAGCAUUGCGGUACUGCGCGUGCUGCAAUUGACGCUGCUAUAAGAGUACUGUCCGUCAUAGGAACUGACAGUGAUCUCUCAUUGAAUCUCCGCUAUGUUCCCAUUUAUGUCCAUCAGAUGGUGGGAUUUUGUGCUUCCUUUCUACUGAGAAUUGUCGGAUUAAAUAUGGGCCUCGCGGGCAGCGCUACAGGUGACAUUUUUCAGCUCAAGCUGCCUAUUGAUUCUGGGCGCAUUGUCCACAUUGGAAUGCGCGUAGCCCGGUGUCUGCUUACAAAAGGUGCCGAUCUCAACGAGGGGCAUACGUGUAAUAUCGUGGGCACGAGUCUGAUGAACAUGUUGCAGAUGCUUUCUGACUUGCAUUGGGCUAGCACUAGCGAGGUACCAGUACACGGAUGGGGCCAACUGCUACAGUACCUGAUGACAGACAUCGAUGCGUCUAUUGCUAGUUAUCCUGAUGGGACAUUCGGCAUUGGCUUCAAUCACCUGUUGCCAUACUGGUUUGAAAGACAGGAAAUAAUCUAG